CUUAUAUGGUAUGCAAAUUUAUUCUUACGUUUUUGGAGUGCAUGGAUCAUGGAGCAAAAGGAACUAUCACUAUCAAAAAAUUGGAUUACUUUAAAUAUCUACACAUGCGUCGAGUUAAACGCACAUGGAUUGUUAAUUCUAAUCGAACGCCAUAGACAAACACCGGAGUUGAUUUGCCCAUGGUUAUACAGUAGUCAACCCAACCAUGUGAAAAGUUUUUUAGACAAACUCGAUCAAUGGGCGUCUACAUACUCAACUGUUAUUAACUUUGAUUUGUUGGACCUUUUGCAAAGACGACACCGAAUUCAGACGAUCAACUCCAUUAUAAGUGACACAAACGAUAAAUUUAUUUUUCCACGCGAAAGAAGCAUAAGACUAGGGACAGAUCAAUUCCCAAAUUCUGAAAAAAGUACACCUUUAACUGAAGAACUCUUUGCUGCUAUAGAAGAGGCAAAAGAAAAGGUUUUUGAGGAUUGUUACAAUUUGGAGAUCCCGCCAAGUCAGGAAAAUGUACAUCCUACCGAUUAUUCUGAAGCAGAUAAUAAUUUUUCAGAAACGAGUGAGGUAGACGUGAAUGUUGAAGAUAGAGACGAUAUUGAUGAAGAAAGAGGUAUCUUUGAGGAACCUGAAGAUCUUGGUGAUUUAAAUAUUCAAGAUUUCAGUGCCAAAUACAAUAAAAGCAAUCAAACAUUGCCUCGUAAUAUGCUCAAGAUUAAAGUAAAUGGAAAGGAGGUGGUAGUAAAGAAGUCAACACUUUGCUGGUUAUUUUCAAUCAAGACAAACCGUCUUUCUAGCGAUCGUUUGCUUCGAUUUCGUGGAAGCACUGCAUCUAGCAGUUUAAAUAAAAAAAAACAAACAAAGAGUACUUCAACAAAACGAAAGAAAAAGAGAAUCGCUAUUAGCGAAGCAGAGACAGACGAGGAAAGCGAUAGAUAUUCAGAAAAGAGUGAGUUAGAAAAUGAAAGCUUUGGCGAGGAAGAUGCCACCGACGAUACAACCCCAAUAAACACAAAAAUUGAUAUAAGCGCAGAAAACUAUUACGCCGUGUGUUAUCUUAGAUCAUGGUAUAUUGGCAGAGUACUAGAAAUAUUUAACGAUGAUACAUGUCAAAUUAAAUUUUUAAAAUGUGUUUUAGAUUCAUAUGUUUAG